UUGUUUUUAGGUGAACCCGAAGUACAAUGCGGAUCGGACUCCAUUUCACUACUAUUCCAUUCACGGAAUCCAUUUGGUGGCAAGGUCUUUGUAAAGGGAUUUGUUGCUGAUGGCGACUGCGUGAUGAUGGGCGAUAACAAGCAAGAUCAUCGGUUUACUGUAAAACAUGACGGCUGCGGUGUUCGUCGACAGAGGGAGGUCAGUGUUUCACGGAGUUCUCUUUCACUCGCUACUUCCCCUCCCUUCCUCCUUUUCCCUUAA